AUGACCGACGCAGAUAUUGACGUGUUGGCCAAACAACACCCAAGGAAUUAUUCUCUUUUAGUCCUUAUUGGUACCGAAGUUAAGGAUUGUGAGGGCUGUCGGUAAGGAUUUUUCCGUUCCUUGUAUUGGGUUUAGCAUUGCUCGGGAAUUUUUGGAAAACAUCGCCUUGGGUUGGGAGGGAAAAUCUCCUUUAUCCAAUGAUUUGUUUUUUGCCUCGUAUGAUUUUUAUUAUCAUCAAUCACUUAUUAAGGAGGUAAAUCUGUUCGUUCGCUUCUUAUCCGGUGGUUGUUAGUUUGGCAUCGAAAAGGCCCCCCACAUGAUUCACUUUCCUCCUACAAGUUACCCGUCGAGUGGUGACCAACUCUCUGAUGGUAAUAUCCUGAUGUCUGAAGAACGUCUUGCUCAUUGGAUACACUUGAGAACAGGGCACCUCGUACGUGCAUUUCCUUUAAACUCUUUAUUUGCAGAUCGUGCCUCGUGCUCGGCCUGAUUAUACAAAGAUCAAAGUUGUUGGUGUGGUAGCCAUCGUUCUUGGGCUUCCGCUCGUCUUUGGAUUCGUAACUUUCCGAACCAUGUCGGCAUUUGUCAGCCUGGUAAGAGUUGUCUAGUGUCACACCAUUUAAUUUAUUUCGAAAGGUUCCCUUUAUUACGAUCAAAAUCACGCUGUGAAUUUGAACAAGUGCAUAGGGUGUUUAGUCCCUUCCUCGGUGAAUAUUUGCAGAAGUCCCGCUGAAAAAUUUGUCCUAUGCAAUUCAAGCUGUAAUAAAAGGCGGCGACCUCAGCACAAGCUGAAAAUGUUUGUCUGCAUCAAGAUGAUGCAGGAGAAGUAAUUCGAAAAAAGUCCUCGAAGAUGUAAAUGAGAGGAGUCGCGUCUGUGUGUUUAGCGCUCACCAAAAAUGUCCAGUGUGGUCGGCUGUUUGGUGAAGCAUAUGCUGACUUCAAGAGGUAUAUUUCAAAUUAGAAAGGGGCCUAGAAGAAUACUUUUUCAUGUAGUCGCCGAGCACGCCUUCCGUGAUUCUUCACGACGCAAUUAGACGACUGUUAAUCACAAGUCAUUUAAAACCACUCUCGGUUAUUGCAUGGUUGAAACCUGACGGCAUUGUUUAGGGCGAUGACCUGGGCCAAGGGUGAUGUGUAGAAACUCAAGGGGACAAGAUUGGGCGUUUGCUCCCUUGUCUUUCCUAGGGUUGAGACGUGUGUUGUGACGGCAUCAGCCAUAACCCAUUCGUCCUGCCAUCUCUUGCGUCAUACCUUCCAAAGUAAAAAUUUGUUCAUUUAUGCCAUACCUUGUACCAUACUUAGGGCAAUUUGAACUCAUCCGAUGAUCUAUUUAGUAGUUUGAACCGAAUUGCGUAGCCACUGCUGAAGUACCGUCAUAUUUAUGGGCGUAAAGAGAGAGAAGGGGCAGUAUCCUUUAUUUUCGAAGCAUUGUUCCAAUUCUUUAACGAAAACCUAAAUUUUCGGCCCGGAAUACAGAUUUAUAGAUGUCAAGAGAGUUGGUCGACUUGCAUAAAAACCGUGCUAUUAUGGUGACAACGUGAGUUUCAAUUUCUAUAGGCACAUUAGGUAUCGUACCAGAGAUGGCACUGAGCGCUAAUAUACCGAUGUUCGGCAUGCGCUACGCCGGAAGCCACGACGCUUAUGACAGGAAGACUUUGCAGCCACUAAUUUAGGGUGAUGGAGAUGGACAUCACCCACAAUGUCAUUUUACUAAGAUGUCAGUCGAAAAAGUAUGUAAGAAAUACUGACCGAGUAAGGGAGCAUUCUGAGCUGUCCUCGAUUAUUCUUCCCGUAGAAUCUUGCUGGCCUCUAUAUUUGUGACGUGUCUUCGGUACAGGCGGGUCACAAAUUAGUUGCCGAGGGAUUUUGCUCAAAAUUUUUUCUCCCACCUUCUUGUUUUGAGGUUUUAUACAGUAUUCUGUGUGCCAGACUUCAACUCUUUAUGCUAUGAUAACAUCGCUCCUGUUCAUCCUGAAAAUACCUCUUAUAAGGGCAAUUUCUGCAUCCGCCCUCCGUGGGUGCACCGGGUAGCCGGCAUGAUUUUGACUAUAAGGUCCUCGUCACAGGACUCGUCGCACGGUUAGUAUCUAGUAGACGUAUAAUUUUAGUAGAUACAAAACGUCUCUAUUUUCCCCUGAUGUAGUUACUCAACAUGCUGCUGGGCUAUUCCCAUAAAAUUGAUUUUCUGUGGUCGCGGCAUUCGGAUUCGUGUGUAUUUUGGGGGAAAAUGAAGUCGGACAACAGAGUAAUUUUAAUUUUCUUCAGUAGCCGAUGAUCAGAGAUACUCCUAGUUCCAGGGUCCUUUCUUGCAGUAGCUCUCUAUGGUAGUCCUGACAACUCGUGUCUUCGGAAUGCUGUGAAUUCCAAAUGUUCAUCACCUCGAGCGCGCCGCACAUUGGCCGCGAAUUGAAUGUUGUUUGUAACUUUGUGGUCUUCUGUUUGGACCUGCUCUGACUUAAACGAUCAAGUGAGGCCCCUGCAACAGCCUUAUUUAGAUUUUACAGAUGAACGUCGUUGUGCUUUAGCGGGCGAGGCGGUUCCAGGCGUUUUGGUUUUGACUGCUUCGUUGUAACAUCAGGUCUUGAUACGUAGUGAUUUCCGAGAUCUUAAGAUGCAGACGUAAUCGCACUGUCCCGAACAGCACGCCUGAGCUUGACUUACUGUCUUUUUCGCCUCACUAAUCUCACACCGCAUGUUGCGGCAUCCGAUGACCUAACUUUAUCACCGCCUACAUACAAACGGCAGCUGUUCAUUGCAGCGGUCUUCCGUCAUUUCGUCACCACGUCAGCGGGUGUCUUUUUGGGUGGAAAAUUUGGCCACGUUUUCAGUUUUGAGCUUUGACAUUCCCAUCUCGCCUUGCUGGCGUCGCUAGGUGGAGCAAAAGAUACGACAUUUUUGGGACUGUUCUUAUCAUCGUCUGCUUUAAGCGUGCGAGACUAGGCAGCAAGUACGCUUGAGGAUUGCUACCUUUGAACAUAUGCGGGUAAUGCAGGACCCUCAGGUUCCAUGAGUACGUUGCAGGCCUUCUAGCGCAGCACAAUUACAGACGCUCUUACAUUAAUUACUCGGACUUGGAUAAACGGACUUCCUAUGACGGACAUUGCGCAUUUCACGGCUUAAGGGGGUGCAUGUAAUCAGCAUCUUUUCGAUCUAAAUCUUUGUGCGGACACCAAAUUCAGUGAAUAAAAUAAUUUUCAUGUCUUUGUCGAAGAAUGCCAGCACACACAGCUGAUGCAUGAUCUCGACAUUAUAUAUUUUAUGAACGAAGUGGAUAGAAUUACCUUUGAAGACCUUAACUCGAAAACCAACAAGUACACAUGUGUGAGUUGACGUUUGUACUUAUCUGUGGUUAUAUUUAGUAUGCCUAUGAUCAUUCAUGAUCUACCCGGUCUCUUCCACUCGACAAUUCGCGAUAGCAAACCUGGAUCCACACACUUUUUUCCAGUGAAGAAGACCUGAUAUCGAAGGUCAAAGGACCACUGUUUCUAGACGGACCGUGGCAUACCAAGUUUUGAGCUUAUCUCCACUUCACCACCCUGCAGCUAGUCAAUGACGUCCGGUCUAGGUCAGCGUCAUUGAAGUCAUUGAGCGAGCGGCGACGUACGCUCCCCGACAUUCUCAGCCAUGCAUCUCGAAUGACCUGAGUUAUCGCUGUUUUGACGCAACGCGUGCGGAUUUCCCUUUUCGGAAAGGAAUUGGUGUGCUUCACUCGAACGCUCAUUUUCAGACAACUGUAAUCAAACAGAUCAGCUUUUCGUUCGUCUUACACGCACAUAUUUCAUUAUUAACAACCACAGAAGAUUGAUCAGACCGAUGUCAGGUUCACGCGGAUUUCGUUGCUAUUGUGGUACCGAGAUGAAACCAUAGGUCCCUGCAUAAUCACUUGAACAACACCUAUUCGAAUGACGUUUUCGCCUUCGCUCGGCCCGUUUGGCAACGACUUGUCCUCGAGGUACUCAAAGUUGUUCACAUCUUUAAGCCGUUAGACACUACUCACGAGCGUUAUGCCCUCUUGGUCAGGAAUGCAGUUUAUACAAACUUGGGUUUUCCCUGCUAGUGCACUCCAUUCCGUAGGCCACUAAAGCUUGAGACUGGCAGAUCAAUAUCGCCUGGUCGGUCAGGCGGUGUCCCACUACAAUUUCGACAUUUUGAAAGCCUCGCGAACCCUCUUGAGAACGUAAUUUACGACAGUAAACAACCCUAUAGCACUCCAUACCGAAUAUCAAGCUUUCGGAAAAGGUUGUCGUCGACCCUCUCAGUCGAUCAGCAGUAAUAUUUGCCUGAAACAGUACCUUUUCUCCACGUUACUCGUCAUAUUGACUUACAGUGAACGAAAUCGAGUGUUACAGAGAAGCAACUAACGCAGACACUCCGUUUUAGCUAUAACGGAGCUCAAGAGUAUGCCUCAAUGUGAAUUGGAAUCGCAGACAUACUGAAAAUGUCUAAGAAUGACUAUGCCAAAUAUUUAUGGAACUUAUACGGUCUUCUUAUUACGUAUUUGCCACUAUCGUAAUCUUAACCUGCGUAGUUCUCACUCAUUUUUUGCGCACAUAUCGUAACGAGAUCUCUGUAGUCGCGUCUCAAAUGCACAAAAAACACGCAGACCUGCGUUGAUAACUCCCUUAACUUGUGUGCUCACUCUCCUUCCGCCAUGUCGUUGCUAAUAAAUGUACUGGGGCCUUUUUUCUUUGAAGGCCGUCAUACUGAGCAUGCUCUCCGGCGCCAUGUGGAUCUCCAUAAACUCGCCACCUUGGGUCAUGUCAGAUGGCAGAAAGGUGGGUAAAUUUUCCUAACUCUAACUAACUCUUUUUUAGACCCACCUCUAUUAUCCUUCGCGUGGAGCUCAGCUGGCCUUUGAGGCAGUCAUCAUCUUCAGUCUAUGUAUCCUUUUUUGGGGAACUUAUCUUCUUUGCGGUGAGCAGGAGAAGUUGGCCGCUGCAUGAAAUGACAUGAAGUGGCCGCCCCCUUAUGCCUUACCCCCACGAAAAUGGGAUAAGCUACACGCUGAAAUAGUUUCACCUGUCGCAGAAGUCAGCCAAAGAUUGCUGACCUGUACUUCUACUCGGUUGAGUUCUGUCUUUGGUCUAGUUCGGUCAGUAGGAUGGGACCGGACCAGGAAAAGGCAUCUCUGAGGAUUGAUGGUCGUUAGUUUGAAGAAGUAGAUUGUUUUAAAUACCCCGGUGCGAGGCUGCUGUCGAAUGGACAGAGUAAGGACGGCAUUGUCUUCUGAAUUGGUGGUGCCCACGCGGCAUCUACAUUGCCACUAAAAUUUGCGUGUACCGUGUAUCCGUCCCGUCUGUCCCUCACUAUGGUCGUGGGUGCUGGGCUGUGCAUGUGGAGGACGAGCGAAAACUACGCCAAGUGUCCAAAGAGGUAGUGCUCAACGGUGUGUGAAACCAAUAGAAGCGAAGAAACGAGUCCCAGGAAGUAGUCUUGAAGAAGGAGACAAGAGCUCUAUUAGCCUGACGUUUCGGAUUCCUACUCGAAUCCAUCAUCAGAGACAAAAAAGCAGAAACGGUUGGUUGUUGCACAAGGGGCUGCGGUAUUUGUAGGAUGCAGUAGCCAUGCUACCACAUACCUUUGAACAUUCACGGCUUCCCCCUUCAUCCGGGAUCGUCGCACUUGGUGUGAUCAUUGCUUGAUGGCCGACAUUCGAGUCGAUAAUUGCUGCAAUUUCAUCACGUGCGUUGGAUGUUGGCGUGAUGAUUGCUCGACCAUCUGACGCAUCGACCCCGGUGUUGGGAAGAGUGUUCACCUCUGUGCUUCCCGCAUGGCUUGUUACCCCGCCUAGGCGAAGUUUCAGUACGGAGUAUGGAGUCGGAAGAUCGUUGCACUUGUUGAUGGACUGGGGGCCAGUAAGCCAUGAUUCCAGUAGCUCCCGGCUCACGCGGUUGUCACCUCUUGCGAGAAUUUCGGCCUCAUCGAAUUUGAAUGUGUGGCCGGAUCUCGUCGAAUGAGUCGCAAGGUGUGCGAAACCUUAUUGGACGACGUGCUGCAUUCACCAUGUCGUUUCGACUUCUUUACAUGUACUUACCAGAUCCGUACCCAAUCAGGUCCGAAGAUAUUACCACCGCGUGAUCCGCGACUACCUAUUCGUCAGGCUGGAAAACCUGGUAGCGUACUUAGAGGGCCAUUUUAUUAUUCCGCGCCUUGGACGUCCCGGAUACCCCACAGGCUUCAUACUUCAUGUUUCCUCUUGCUCUUUCCUCUUGUGUCUGUAUGUAUAACCAGGUUUCCACUACUUUCUGGAUGCUGUUCGCAGAGGAGGCGAUCUGUAACGUGUCAACAGGGGUAUUUUGCUGCUGCUGUGAAUGUUUGUUAAGAGAAAUCCUUGUCUCACCCCCAGUCAGCUUGUUUAACGCCACCUUCCUGACACCGAUUGAAGGCUUAGUAGACAGUCUUCCAUAUGCGGACUGAUUUUGGUAUCCGUAGGAUCCAGUGUUGUGGUCCCCAUUAUGGCUCCUGAGUUGGAGGGUUGACGUCACUCGGGAAUUUGCUUCAUGCACCAACUUUCGCUCCCAUUUUGCUUUGUUUCCCGUCUCCUAAAUGUAUUUCCUAUCAUGCGCGUUUUCGCAUCCGCUGGUGAUCUGGCGGUUUCCAUUGAGUCCCUUCUCGUCAUAUGUACCCUGUAACGGUAAAGCAUUUCGGCGAAGUUCACUUCUUCCGGUGUUCACACUGGCGUAUAUCUCCCUUAACUCACUGCCACAGAUGCCUGCACCAACCUCGGUAUCGUGUUGCUCACGCAAAAAUGCCGGAAACUGAGGGGCGCAAAACAAAUUGGUAAGUGAUCCUUUUGCAGUAUCUUUUAGUUACUUUUGUGCGUACGAUCUGCUUCCACCACCCUUAUUGUGAACUGGUGUAUAAAAAUUGGAAAGUGGGCCGUGCGUGGCACGCGUAGACGGGCGGUUCAGCGUUGCCAACCACUACGCUCACGCCCGCCUCCGGCCGUCUGGACCCUGUCGGCGUACAAUGGUUGAUGAAGGAAGGGAGCGCGCGAUAGACGCUGUGCAAGUUUGCUCCAUGAUAAAUAAAUCCAUGUGUAAGUCACUAGUGUAAAUUAUCGCGUGCGACGGCCGGACGGCUGGUCGGGGUUCUUCGGGUUCUAGCGGGAGAACCGUUUUUGAGACCGGCGACUUUGCCGCAUUCCUAGAUGUGACGGUCGCUGACUCUGGGGGAUUCCUCGGUCGCAUAAGUACGUAACCGGCCUCUGACUCGUGGUCUUCCCAGAGGACUUUUUGUCACCACCACCACCACCACCACCACCACCACCACCACCACCACCACCACCACCACCACCACCACCACCACCACCACCCGUUUUGUUUCACAGUACAAGCAUUUCUAUCCGCAGGCAAUGACAUAUUACAUAUUCCACAAACCUAGUUGGGUAGGAUCAGCGCGGCUGAGGUUAGCAGUGAGAACCCCCUCCUUUGAAAGCAACUGGAAAAAGUCUAUUUUGGUGACAAGUGACAGGCUGCAGUAUUCAUUGUUAGGAAGGUGGAUCGUGCAUACGUUGCCCAUAUUUGCGUUGGGGUGUGUUAGACCGAGGCUUCAAGUCGCAUCAGUCACUCGAAUUGGCUUCAGUCUGAUUUGCGGCUGGUAUGGGAUGCGCAAAAGGAAAAGAAGAACGAGCCCGAUGUAGCUGACCUUAAGUACUUGUUCCCUUACGAUAAACAUCCAUAUACUUUUCGAAACUAUCACUAUCCGCAAACAGUAGGAAGGUUCUCGAUGAUCGCGCUGAGGAUCUGACUGCAAUGGCUCAAAAUGUGGCCUUUAUGACAACACGUCCGUAAGAGAUCGCCUUCCUUGAGUACCGGCCCACAUGAAUUUGGCGGCCAGGUUGUGCGUGGGACGCGUAGACAGCUGUCUUGCCUUGUCAGUCACCAUAGCCACGCCAUCUUUAGUUGUCUUUAUUCGGUCCUUCCAGCGGAAAGCAGUGGGCAUGCAGCGCAAGCUCGCUUCACUAGUUCCUGUUGGGCCGCCUCUAAGUCUGCAUCGCUCUCAACAGACAAAAAACGAGUGUCGGUACGUAGUACUAGCCUGCUUAGUUGACUAACAUUUCCUAGACUAAAGGUCAGCGCCGUUGCGAGGGGAUAAAGGGCAGCCCUGAGAUUUUGCACUAACAACCAAAAAAUGUCAUUUCACGCCGAUCCCCCUCCCCCGCUCCCUUUCAUGCACGAAUCGCACGCGCACACAGUCAUUGGCACCUGCGGAUUUUCUUCCCUCCUAUUGGUUCUUGGAGUGCUUUCGUCGGUGGAAAGUACUUACCGCGUGCCUGAGCCGGAUCGGUUUCCCAGCUUCGAAGUAGGUAAGAGUCACCGCGUCACCGCCGGUACGUACUGCCAGCUGCGACUCCAGGCGCUGUGCUGUUUGCGGGUGGCAGCAGGAGUGGGCUAUUGAACAAUUACAAGCCCACUGCCGAUCCUGCCCGUUGCUGCCUACGAUAAAAACUAGUACUAAGCACAUUUUGGACAGCAGGGCGUUUUUACCACUUCGAACCAAACAACUCUCGUGAUAUCCACAAACUUGAAAGCGUAGGGCAUGUUGACGGAUGAAAAUCACCCUUUCCCCACCCUACCCAGCCUUCGGCACGCCAGCAAGCGGGAUUCAAUUGAAUGCGUAGUCUAUCGUCGCGGUCAUCGCGCAGACGGUUUCAACCUCUAGUUAGUCAGCCGCCUGUUUUGAUGCCGCUUAUUAUUUCAGUUUUGGACUUUUUUUAAAGGUAGGGGGCGCUCACCGAUCGUUCUUACGGAACUCAGUCGUUCCGUUGUGCCUUACGGGCUCUCUCUCUCGAGCCCAACCAGCAGCCGCACAGCGGCGCAUGAUAUAGGCAGUAUGGUAUUACCGACAAAGACAAGGCCAGUCUCCCUUGUCUUUAUCGCUAAUACCAUUCUACUCUUUUUUAGUAACUGAGUGGUCUAUUUAAAGAAAAAAAAAAGAGUUUGCGGGGUGGUUGUCUGUGUGUGCGCGCCCACCGUUUUACCUUGUUGUCGUCAUGCAGUGUUUUAAAGGCAGACACUUUAUGUUUCUUGUGAUUGCACUAAUGCUUUUUGCUGUUAUUAAUGGUACUAAUUCUUGCUCAUAGUGUGUGUCCUCGUCUGCCUGUCGAUGGCUGUGUUGGGCUUCAAUCAACUGGCCGAGUACUAUGCGCUCAAGACUGGUGAACUCCCCUAUCAGUAA